UCAGACUCCCCAGCACCAGCCUUUAGGCUGCUUCCUCCUCGGAAAAAGAAGAAUUUUUUACUGAACUGGAACUGGAACUAAAGUCCUUUGGGAGAUCCGAAAAACAGCAAUACAGAGGUUAUUUGUAAUCCGGCGUCUCCAGGCUGGUGAGCAAGCUGAGGAGAGCAAGAGGGAUGGGGAGUUGCGCCAGGAAGGUGGGCCGGGCUGAGAGGCUGCCAAUGCUCUUUCUCUUCCUGCUGCUUUUGUUCUGCCCGGCGCUCUGUGAGCAGAUCCGCUACCGGAUUCCCGAGGAAAUGCCCAAGGGCUCAGUAGUGGGGAACCUCGCCACCGACCUGGGGUUCAGCGUCCAGGAGUUACCGACUCGAAAACUGCGCGUCAGUUCGGAGAAGCCUUACUUCACCGUGAGCGCAGAGAGAGGGGAGUUGCUUGUGAGCAGCAGGCUAGACAGGGAGGAGAUAUGCGGGAAGAAUCCAGCUUGUGCUCUGGAAUUUGAGGCUGUUGCUGAAAAUCCACUGAACUUUUUUCACGUGAAUGUGGAGAUCGAGGACAUUAAUGACCAUACGCCAACAUUCACGCAAAAUUCCUUUGAGCUGCAAAUAAGUGAGUCUGCACAGCCUGGCACGCGAUUUAUAUUAGGAUCUGCCCAUGAUGCGGAUAUUGGUAGCAACACACUGCAGAAUUACCAACUCAGUCCCAGUGAUCAUUUCUCACUGAUAAAUAAAGAGAAAUCAGAUGGUAGUAAAUACCCUGAGAUGGUAUUGAAGACACCUUUGGACCGAGAAAAGCAGAAAUCUUACCACUUGACUUUGACUGCCUUGGACUUUGGAGCUCCACCCCUAAGCAGCACUGCACAGAUACAAGUUCUAGUGACUGAUGCCAAUGAUAAUGCUCCAGUGUUCAGUCAAGAGGUAUACAGGGUGAGCCUUUCAGAAAACGUGUACCCGGGGACCACGGUGCUACAGGUGACUGCCACAGACCAGGAUGAGGGUGUCAAUGCCAAGAUUACUUUCUCUUUCAGUGAAGCUAGCCAGAUCACCCAAUUUGACCUGAACUCUAAUACUGGGGAAAUUACUGUUUUAAAUACAUUAGAUUUUGAAGAAGUCAACGAAUAUUCCAUAGUUUUGGAAGCAAGGGACGGUGGAGGAAUGAUUGCACAAUGCACAGUGGAAGUAGAAGUCAUAGAUGAAAAUGACAACGUCCCAGAAGUGAUAUUCCAGUCUCUACCCAACCUAAUUACAGAGGACGCUGAGCUAGGAACACGUAUUGCUUUGCUCAAAGUCCGUGACAAGGAUUCCAGACACAAUGGUGAAGUUACUUGUAAAUUGGAAGGUGAUGUGCCAUUUAAAAUAUUAACUUCUUCAAGAAACACGUAUAAAUUAGUGACAGAUGCUGUUCUAGACCGCGAGCAGAAUCCAGAGUACAAUAUCACCAUUACGGCCACAGAUCGGGGCAAGCCUCCCCUCUCCUCCAGUUUCAGCAUCACCCUGCACAUUGGUGAUGUAAACGACAACGCUCCGGUUUUCUCACAGUCUUCCUAUAUGGUCUACGUGGCCGAGAACAACUCUCCUGGAGCCUCUAUUUCACAAGUCAGCGCUUCCGAUCCUGACUUGGGGCCUAACGGCCAAGUCUCUUACUCCAUCGUGGCCAGUGACCUGGAGCAGCGGGAGCUGUCAUCCUACGUGUCCAUAAGCACAGAGAGCGGGGUGGUGUUCGCGCAGCGCGCCUUUGACCACGAGCAGCUGCGCGCCUUCGAACUCACACUGCAGGCCCGCGACCAGGGCUCGCCUGCGCUCAGCGCCAACGUGAGCCUGCGCGUAUUGGUGGGCGACCGCAACGACAAUGAGCCUAGGGUGCUGUACCCCGCGCUGGGUCCCGAUGGCUCUGCGCUCUUCGAUAUGGUGCCGCGCGCUGCAGAGCCCGGCUACCUGGUGACCAAGGUGGUGGCGGUGGACGCAGACUCAGGACACAACGCCUGGCUGUCCUACCACGUGCUGCAGGCUAGUGAGCCCGGGCUCUUCAGCCUGGGGCUGCGCACGGGCGAAGUGCGCAUGGCACGUGCCUUGGGCGACAGGGACGCGGCCCGACAGCGCCUGCUGGUCGCUGUGCGUGAUGGUGGACAGCCACCACUCUCUGCCACUGCCACGUUGCACCUGGUCUUCGCCGACAGCUUGCAGGAGGUGCUGCCGGAUAUCACUGACCGCCCCAACCCCUCUGACCCCCAAGCUGAGCUGCAGUUUUACCUAGUGGUGGCCUUGGCCUUGAUCUCAGUGCUCUUCCUCCUGGCCAUGAUUUUGGCCAUUGCCUUGCGCCUGCGACGCUCCUCCAGCCCCGCCGCCUGGAGCUGCUUCCAGCCUGGUCACUGUGUUAAAUCCGAAUCCGUGGUUCCCCCCAACUACAGCGAAGGGACUUUGCCUUAUUCCUACAACCUAUGUGUUGCACAUACAGGAAAGACGGAGUUUAAUUUCCUAAAAUGUAGUGAACAGUUGAGUUCAGGACAAGACAUACUUUGCUGUGAUUCAUCUAGAGCCUUAUUUCCACUUUGUAAUUCCAGUGAAUUGACUUCCCAUCAGGUGAGUUUCCUUUAAGUAUAACUUAAUUCUCAUUGCCUACCCAU